ACGUGGGUUGAUAAAGGAAGUUGACGAGAUAUAUAAAUCAGAUAAAGCCGAAAAAGCCAAAGCCACGUCGUUCAAAAAGAAGUCAAAGACAAGAAUAGCACCGUCUAAAAGGCCACCGCGACGAGCUGAAGGAGUGGAGCAAAAGCGCAAACAGUUUGGAAGGAAGCGUUAGUUUCCGGCAAACAGGACGACACUUUUUUGAGCGAACUCUGAAUGGAUCCCAUCGCCGAGACCAAUGAGACGUCGUUGGAUCCGUCGUCUUCGGCAAUCGAGCGCAAGUCCUAUGCCAGGGUUGGGUUGCUCGGCAACCCAAGCGAUGUUUACUACGGCCGUACAAUCUCCUUCAGCCUCGGAAACUUCUGGGCCUCUGUUCGAUUGCAGCCCUCCGAUAAGCUCCGCAUCCUGCCGCAUCCUAUUCACGAUCUUGGCGAGUCCGAGUCUCUUGACGAUCUGGUGGAUCGGGCGGGAAGUCAAGGUUAUAAUGGAGGUGUUAGAUUGCUGAUGGCAAUUUGUAAAGUUUUCCGCGAUUACUGUAGAGAUAACAAGAUACAUCUUCAUGCUGGAAAUUUCACACUUACAUAUGAGACUAAUAUCCCACGCCAGACAGGGCUUUCAGGUUCCAGUGCCAUUAUAUGCGCUGCCCUGAGCUGCUUCCUUGACUUCUACAAGGUUAGGCAUUUGAUCAAAGUGGAGGUCCGGCCAAACCUUGUCCUUAAUGCAGAAAAAGAGCUGGGGAUUGUUGCCGGUCUCCAAGACCGUGUUGCGCAGGUUUAUGGAGGCCUCGUCUACAUGGAUUUCAGCAAGGAAAAUAUGGAGAACUUGGGGCAUGGUAUCUAUACACCCAUGGAUAUCAAUCUCCUCCCACCUCUCCAUCUCAUCUAUGCUGAGAAUCCAAGUGAUUCUGGGAAGGUACACAGUACAGUUCGGCAAAGGUGGCUUGAUGGUGAUGAGCUUAUAACAUCAUCGAUGACUGAAGUUGCAAAUAUAGCUAAGGAAGGAAGGACGGCGUUACUUGAAAAGGAUUAUUCUAAACUUGCAAGUCUUAUGAAUCGCAAUUUUGACCUCAGAAGGCGCAUGUUUGGAGACCAAGUACUUGGUGACUUAAACAUAGAAAUGGUGGAAGUGGCUCGAAGGGUGGGUGCUGCAUCAAAAUUCACAGGUAGUGGUGGAGCUGUAAUUGUAUUUUGCCCCGAUGGUCCUUCACAAGUGAAGCUUUUAGAGGAGGCAUGUGAGAAAGCUGGUUUUAGAAUUGAACCAAUUAAAGUUGUUCCCUCCCUUCUAAAUGAGGAAGAUCGCAAAACACUUUCAAAGUAGGAAAUUUUUUUGGAAAGGAAUAUUGUUCAUUUAGUUCUUAAGAAAACAUCAUGGUUCUCUCCCACCACCCCACCGACAUCAUAUUUCAUCCACCAUUUAUUCUGGUGCUUUAGAACCUCAUUUUUUCAUGUUGAUUAUUUUUACUUGUAUCUAAUAACUCAACGUUCUCUGAAGGUAAUAAUGAGCAUAAAGUAUUGCGGAUUAUGAAUGAAAUUAAUUUCAUUCUAAUUCAUGUCAUAA